AUGGACGGGGCAAAGGUGAAGGCGAUCAUGGAGUGGCAAGCGCCAACAAAGGUAACCGAAUUACGAUCCUUCUUAGGGCUGGUCAACUAUUAUCGCCGAUUCAUACAGGGCUAUUCGACAAGGGCAGUACCUCUCACUGACCUGCUUAAGAAGGGUAAGCCGUGGGUAUGGUCCGACGAGUGCGAACGAGCCUUUGACGACCUCAAGGUCGCAGUGAGCCAGGAGUCUGUCUUAGCAUUACCUGACUUCACCAAACCCUUCGAGGUUCAUACAGAUGCCUCAGACUUUGCUAUUGGGGGAGUACUAAUGAAAGAGCGACACGCUAUAGCGUUCGACAGUCGGAAGCUGAAUGACACCGAGCGACGCUACACGGUGCAAGAGAAGGAGAUGACAACCAUCAUCCACUGCUUAAGGGCUGAACUUGCCGCCAUCAGCAAAGCUGACGAGGACGUGCUCUCCCGUGUCCGAGAAGGGCUCGAAGGGGACCCCGUAGCCAAGGCCCUAAUAGGCCUUGCUAAGGAAGGGAAAACCCAACGUUUUUGGGUAGAGGACGGACACCCAGGCCAACGGAGGACAGUGGCGUUGCUCGAGACCAACUAUUUUUGGCCCCAGCUCAAGGACGAUGUGGAGACAUAUGUCAGAACUUGUCUUGUUUGCCAACAGGAUAAGAUCGAGAACAGGCACCCGGCAGGACUGUUAGAGCCACUACCGAUACCCGCAGGACCAUGGGACUCUAUCACAUUAGACUUUAUUAGCUCGUUGCCACAGUCCGAGGGAUAUGGAUCAAUCAUGGUCGUCGUAGACCGAUUUUCGAAGUAUGGGAUAUUCAUUCUGUGCUCCAAAGAUUGUACUGCCGAAGAAGCUGCCCGUGGAUUUUUCAAGAACGUAGGUUAA